AUGACUGUCGACGAAAAGAAGGGUCUCGACGAGAAGGCCACCGAAUUCGAGGACCACCAUCAUGUCGAGGUCGCCGAGGAGCUGGCCCCGGAGCUGGAAGCCCUGCUGCACACCGAGCCGCUCAAGGGUCUGACCAACGCUGAGGUCGAGGAGCGCCUGGCCCAGUUUGGCCUGAACGAGAUCUCCGAGAAGAAGACCAACCCCUUCCUCAAGUUCCUGUCGAGUCCAAGGCCGAUGCAGCCCUGGAUGCGCUCAAGAACACGCUCGCCGCUCAAGUCCCGUGUCUUCCGCGAUGGCCAGCUCAUCGAGGUCGAGUCCAACACACUGGUGCCCGGCGACGUCAUCGCCGUGCGUCUCGGUGAUAUUAUCCCUGCCGAUGCGCGUCUGCUCGGCAUUGGUGUCGACGGCUCGAACGCCGAGGUCAACCUGCAGGUCGAUCAGUCUGCGCUCACUGGUGAGUCGCUGCCGGUCGAGAAGAAGAAGGGCGACACCAUCUACUCGUCGUCGAUCUGUAAGCAGGGCCAGAUGCUGGCUGUCGUGACCAAGACCGGUGCCAACACGUUUAUCGGCCGUGCCGCCAACCUCAUCUCCAUCACCAACGAGCAGGGCCACUUCCAAAAGAUUAUCAACCAGAUCGGCAACUUCCUUGUCAUCAUCACUGUCACCAUGGUCAUCAUCCUCUUCAUCUACCUGCUCCUGCGCAAGCGUAGCGACCUAGGCUAUCUUGACAAGGAUGCCGUGUUUGAGGUGCUGCGUGAUGUGCUGGUGCUCACGGUUGCUGCCAUCCCGGUCGGUCUGCCCACUGUCAUGUCGGUGACCAUGGCCGUCGGUGCCAAGCAGCUGGCUGCCAAGCAGGUUAUCGUCAAGCGCCUGACUGCCGUCGAGGAGAUGGCCUCGGUCUCGGUGCUGUGCUCCGACAAGACUGGUACUCUGACCCUGAACAAGCUGACCUUUGACGAGCCGUACCUCAAGCCUGGGUUCACCAAGGAGGACCUGCUGCUGUACUCGUACCUGGCGUCGGAGCCCGGAGCCAACGACCCCAUCGAGAUGGCCGUGCGCACGGCCGCCAAAGAAGGACGUGCCUCUGCUGUCCGACUCACCCAGGCCACUGUCAUCGACCACAACGCCAGCGAGACCUUCAAGGUGGCCAAGGGCGCCCCGCAGGUCAUUGUCAAGCUUGUCGGUGGCGACAACGAGGCUACCCACGCCGUCAACAUGCUGGCCCGCCGCGGUCUGCGUGCCCUGGGUGUCGCCCGCACGGUUCCUGGCUCGCUCGACGAGUGGCAGCUCAUUGGCAUGAUCUCGCUCCUCGACCCGCCCCGCCCCGACUCUGGUGAGACCAUCCGUCGCUGCGAGGAGAUGGGUGUUGUGGUCAAGAUGGUUACUGGCGAUCAGCUCAUCAUUGCCAAGGAGGUCGCGCACCGUCUGGGCAUGCAGCGCGCCAUCCUCGAUGCGAACAGCCUGACCGACCCCGAGGCCACGGACGCCCAGCUCGCCGACCGCUGCCUGCACGCUGAUGGUUUCGCCCAGGUCAUUCCCGAGCACAAGUACCGCGUGGUUGAGCUCCUGCAGUCCAAGGGUCUGCUGGUUGGUAUGACUGGCGAUGGUGUCAACGAUGCCCCGGCUCUGAAGAAGGCCAAUGUCGGUAUUGCUGUCCACGACUGUACCGAUGCUGCCCGCUCGGCUGCCGAUAUCGUUCUGCUGGCUCCGGGUCUGUCGACCAUUGUCGACGGUAUCCUGACUUCGCGUGCCAUCUUCCAGCGCAUGCGCUCGUAUGCCCUGUACCGUAUCACUUCGACCGUCCACUUCCUGAUCUUCUUCUUCAUCAUCACCCUGGUGUUCCGCUGGCAGAUGAAGGCCGUGCUGCUCAUCUUGAUUGCUGUGCUCAACGACUGUGCCACAUUGGUCAUUGCCGUCGACAACGCCCAGAUCUCGCGCCGUCCGGACAAGUGGCGUAUUGGCCAGCUCAUCACGAUGUCGGUGGUUCUCGGGUGCUUCCUGACCAUCCUGACCUUUUCCGUGUACUUUGUUGCCCGCGACGGUUUCAAUGUGCCGCCCGAUGAGAACAUCUCGCCCGAGGACGACCACCACAUUGGCAAGAUGCAGACCAUCAUCUACCUCAACGUGUCGUCGGCCCCGCACUUCACCAUCUUCUCGACCCGUCUCGGUGGCUUCUUCUGGGAGAAUCUGCCCUCGAUCACAUUCACGGCUGCCAUUCUGGCCACCCAGAUCUUCGCCAUGUUCAUUUCGAUCUUCGGUAUCGGCGACUUCAUCAUAGCCAUCGGCUGGGGCUGGGGUGUCAGCCUUAUCUGUCUGUCGCUGGCAUACUUUGUGCUGCUCGAUGCGGUCAAGGUGUUCAUGUUCCGUAUCUGGAGCUUUGAGCUCACUGUCAAGCUGUGGCCCACCCGUGCUCGUCGCGAGAAGCUGGUCCAGAAGCGCGAGCGCCGCGCCAUCGAGGCUCGCGUCGGCAAGAAUAUCGAGAAGGUUCGCAAGGUGUCCCGGGCAAUCUAUGCUGCCCAGGCUUUCGAGCAGGCCGCUCAGAAGGCCUUCUAA